AUGUCGUCCAGUCCGGAGCAUCAGAACCAGGAGCCGAAGGAGGAUGGGAAGGAGGAGAGGAACGAGGAAAGGAAGGAGGACGUGAAGGAGACAGAGGUUAAAAAUGUCGAGAUGAAAGAGGAGCCUGAACAAGACAAGAAGGAUGGAAAGAAAGAAGAGACGAAGGAGAUGAAGGAAACGAAAGAGUCCUUCAUGGAUUCGAUUUACAAUACGAGGAGCGGAGAGUUUCUGGGUCGCACCGCCCGCAGCUGGGGUCUCAUCUUACUCUUCUACCUCGUCUUUUAUGCCUUUUUGGCCGGACUGUUCUUGCUCACUAUGUGGGUCAUGUUACAGACUCUGGAUGAGAACGUCCCCCGAUAUCAGGAACGUGUUGCCAAUCCAGGUUUGGUGAUUUGUCCUCACGCAGAGGAAAUCUCAUUCAACCACAGUGAGCCAGCAAGUUACACACAGUACAUCCAACAAAUGAAUCACCUGCUUCAACAAUACAACGACAGUGUUCAGGCACAAAAUGACUUGUGUCUGGUCGGACAAUUCACUGAACAGGACGAUGAGCCCACUAAGAAGGUUUGCCAGUUCAAACGCAGCAUACUGCAACAGUGCUCUGGUCUGCAUGACGCCAGCUUUGGAUUCGCUGAGGGAAAACCGUGCGUCAUCGUCAAGAUGAAUCGGGUGAUUGGACUGAAACCUCGAGGAAAUCCCUACAUCAACUGCACUGCCAAGAGAGACAGUCCAUUACACAUGCAGUACUUCCCAACAGAAGGUCUACUUGAUAAAAUGUACUUCCCAUACUACGGCAAGAAAGCGCAUCCCGACUAUGUGCAGCCUCUUGUUGCAGUCAAGUUAUUCUUGACAAAAGAGGACUUCAACGUCGAGCAGGCGAUUGAGUGUAGAGUCGAGGGCUCAGAAGACCUGCGUAAUGACGACAGUCGGGACAAGUUUCAGGGUCGUGUCAGUUUCCGGGUCAAAGUGUCCGAGUAACCGGAUUUGACAUUUGCAACGGAUACCACAAUCUGGAUUUACAGUGUAAAUCUAUCUCCGGUAAAGGACACUUUUUAAUCCAGACCUGAUUUCUUUCCUCGACAUGUGGUGGUGGUUCAUCCUGGUUUCAGUGACCCGAGAGAUAACCCUGCAAGAACCUUUAAACCUGGUUCAGACUCAGGCCUGACACUGGUACAGUCCUGAUCCAGUAAAUAAGCACAGCUAAUAGACUAUAAUAAAGAGUAUAAGUAGUAUAUGUACACAGUUAGUAAAUAGUAUAGAAACACAGUUAAUAAAUAUAGUUAUUAAACACAGAUACUAAAAAGUAAAUAAUGACCCUUAAUAAAUAGAAAAAUAUAAGCAAAUAAGCACAGUAAAUCACAUAAUGAGUAAAAAAAUAAAUAAACACUAAAUAAAACACUUCAGGUUCAAGUAAAUUAACAGUAUGUAUUAAGUAUGUAAUAAAAACAGAAAUAAAAACUUUGACUAAAGUUAAUAAACACUAAAUGAACAGGAAGUAUUAUUAAACAAUUAUAUACAUACAGCUGAUAAACUAAAAUAAACAGUAAAUAAGUUAGGAGUAAAUAUUAAUAAAUAGUAAAUAAACCCAGUUUAUAAACGUGUGGUUUAUUGAAGAAAACUGCCAAAAGACCAACCUUAAUGAACAAAUGAAAUCUCAAUUUUCAUUCACUUUAAAGUGAAAAUUAAUGUUUUAGUAAUUUUUCAGUAUUAAUCUACAUGCACAGAUUGUGAGCACAAAUGUAUGUUUAACAAAAAAAUGAGAGUCUUUAAUAUGGUUAAUGAAUUUAAUGACUGUUAUUGUUUCCAAACAAAUAUUUUAAAAUGUGAUUGUUGUAUUGUGUGGUCAUUGAAAAAGAUUAAGUUAUUAGUUGAAGUCCAAUUCAACUACUUUUUUUUUUUUUUAAAUUGUUGUCAUUUUUGAAAAAGAAUAAAACAGACUGAAUGAUGUU